AUGACCAAAGCUACUUUCGAGAGAUUCUCCAACAACACCAACCCCAAAUGGUGGAAAGAUGCCUGCCUCCGUAUGAACGUCUUUUAUUGUAUAGGAUGCAUGAUGUGUCCGGUGUACCUCGGGUAUGAUCAGUCGCUACUCGUUGGCCUCCAAGCACUGCCAAGGUGGAAAGAGUACUUCCACUCUCCAUCAGGUCCUAUGCUUGGUCUCAUCACCUCGAGUAUCAUGCUCCCCGCCAUCGUCUUCGGCUUUCCUGCCUCCUGGAUCUGUAUGCGCUGGGGUCACAGGUGGGCAAUUAUGACUGGCUGUAUUUUGACCAUAGUUGGUGCUAUCUGGAACGCCCUGUCCCUGAGCAGAACUCACUUCAUAGUUUCACGUUUGAUUGCUGGCGCAGGCGGUACUAUAUCGAAAGUGGGCGCCCCAGCACUUCUGCAUGAGACAGCGCACCCCAGGCUACGUUCUCCACUAGGCUAUAUGUACUUUGCAUGCUACUACAUCGGCUCGAUACUGAGCUCCAUCAUGAGCACAAUUGGUCUUUACAUUGAGGCUCCCGAGUCGCCACGCUUUAUGGUUAGUAAGGGCCACAACCAGAAGGCGUUGGCUAUGCUUGCUCGCCACCAUGCGAACGGCGAUGAGAAUGACGCGCUGGUUAAAUGGGAGCUGCAAGAGAUUGAAAGCUCUCUUGAAGACGAAGCACAAAAUCAUAAAUCAUCUUAUCUGGACUUUCUCAGGACGAAAGGCAACCGAAAACGUCUUGCUGUUGCUGCGGCGUUUGCCAUCGGCGCAAAUUGGCUUGGCAACGGUAUUGUAUCAUACUACUUUACCCCGGUCUUGACUUCCGUUGGCGUCAAGAAGCCGAUCCAGAUCCUCUCGGUCAAUCUGGGUCUCAAUAUUUGGAACUUGAUUCUCGCUCAAUAUGCCGGCUUCAACAUCGACAGGUUCGGUCGACGACCGCUCCUUUUCGCAGCAACGGUCGGUAUGAUUUUCUCCUAUUCCUUCGUUAUGGGCUUCUCGGCCGGGUUUGCGGAGACCGGAAGCAAGGCCUUAGGUAUCUGCGCAAUCCCAUUCUUAUUCUUCUUCUUCGGGUUCUAUGACGUCGCCUGGACGCCCCUGAACUACUCCUAUGCCACUGAGAUCAUGCCAUACCAUCUACGGACCAAAGGUCUGGCCAUCUACAAUACGAUCCAGCAGUUGGGCAACUCGUUCAACCAAUUUGUCAAUCCAAUUGCUCUCCAGGCCAUAACUUGGAAAUACUAUGGGGUGUAUAUUGCCGUCGAGUGCCUGUAUGUCGUUCUCAUCUACUUUUUCUUUCCCGAGACCAAGAAGCUUUCGAUUGAAGAGGUUGCGCUGGUCUUCGAUUAUGGCAUGAAAGAUGGCCGUGUCAAAGCUGCCGCCAAUUUCAGAGAUGAGUUCGUUGAUGGUGGCGAUGUCCUAAAACAAGUACCUAAGGUGGAACAUAAAGAGUUUCUGGAAAAGCAUGAAUGCAAUGGAGGUACUAUUCGAGAAAAUCGCAUUUGACCGAAUGUAGUUUCUUUAUAGUAUUUCCACGAUUGACUCCCUUUGGAUAUCUCACCGGAUCUCUCUGAGUUUAUAUUCUCUCGCUCACUAAGAUUAUAUCGACAUGCCAAUAAGCAAGCUACGUUACCGAGUUAGCUGGUAGUUAAUACCUGAAUGAAAUGAAGUGUAAUAAUC